CAGUCCCUGUUGAGUUGUUUAGCAUGGUACUGGGUACGCCUUAAAUCGAACGAAGUUGCAUACAGCGAACUAAUAAACACAACUAUUUAAAAUUUCAUAGAGUAUAAACAAGUGUUAAUAAAGCAGCAUAAGUUCUAAUUACUGGUAGCCGUGAAAUGUAAAUGCUGUUGUAUAGGAAAAUAUAUUAAAAUUCAACUUUACUUCAAUUUUGUGUCACAGGACGAUUAAAGUUGAAAAUGACAUGUUUGAAGCAACUCGGAUUUCUUUUCUUAGGUUUAUUAUUGUUUGGGAAGCUAGAGGAAUCUAAUGCUCAGAGUUACAGGGCAGUUGUGGUACCAUAUGCACAGAAAGAAGAACAGAUUCCAACUGUUGUAGUAAAUGAUAAUACAAGACAGUAUGUUUCUACCAUAACGCAAUUGAAAGAUGAUGCAGACAUAAUAGUAUUUCCUGAAAAUGGCAUAACUUCUACAACACCUGUUGGUGACACAAUAUCUCAUAAUAUACCUUUCAGUAUCGUGCUACAACCUGGAACAAAGACAAAUUUUAACGAAGAUGUAUUACCUAAUAUAAGUUCCGCGGCAAAGUCGAAUAAGAUGUAUGUCGUCAUAAACGUAUUGGAAUUUCACAAUGCAUCAAAAGAAGAACUUUAUAGCACGGAUUUAGUUUUUGAUCCAGAGGGAAAACAAAUUGCAACAUGCAGGAAGAAAUACCUUUAUAAAGAACAAUUUUAUAGUAAAGGAAACCCCAAUCAGGAUUGUACUUUUGAAGCAUACUUCCGUAGAAUAAAUGUUAAUGUUACAUUUGCUAUAUUAUUUGAUACUGAUCUGUUGGUAGAAACUUCAGAUAAAUUCGAAAAAAUACACGAUGCAGUAUUAACCUCCUCAUUACAAAAUGAAUUGCCUUUGCCCUUUGGUGUCAGUUUACAGCAGGGAUUUGCAGUAAGAAAUAAGGUUAAUUUAUUGGCUGCUGGAUAUGCAGAUUCCAGUGAAGGUUAUGGAGGAAGUGGUAUAUACUUAAGGAAUGGAAAAAGUAAAGUUGUGUUAACUUCAGAAUCGCUUUUAAACUUAGAUGUGCCUGUAGAUCAGAAACCAAGCGAUGUUAUAAACGUUGUGGUGACUCCACCUGACAAACCAGAUAUAUUACAAAAAGUUAUCUACAAAAAUCUCCCAACGUCUGAUAAUUCAAGUUACUGUACUUUUCAUAUGGAUCCAAAAGACAUGCAGCCCUACAGGUGGCUGUCAUUUACAAAUGGUACGGAGUUGUUGGGACAGCAGAAGAACUUUGUAUUUUGUGCAUUGAUUAAACCUGAAGAAAGUAAAGAUCAACCAAAAAUUGUCAAUAAUUUAACCAUUGUAGUGAAUUUAAAAACAGAUACAAUAGAGCAAGUGUUACCACUCUCACUUGCUUCAGGUUCGAAAAUGGUGCCAGCUAAUUUUGAGCUCAAAGAAGAAAAGAAAGAAGGCGUAGUAACUAUUACAAUGAAUUUGUCUGAGCCAAAAGAUCUGUCAGUUUUCGGAGUAUUAUUUACCUUGAAAAAUAGUGCUUCAGUAUUCGUCUCGCACGUGUUAUUUGUGAGCUUUUUACCUUUACUUUCGAUUUUGUGGUCGAAACUUAUCAUUUAAGUCUCAUGAAAUAUAAUCGGAAUCCUGCACAUUUUUAAACAUGAAAUCGGCAAAUUAUCAUUGAAUGCCCGUGGAGAAGUUUUGAUUUUAUAGUAAAUGAGAUUGAUAUACAAAAAUUACUUUUGAUACAGAUGUUUGUGCAUUAAUUUUAGGUUGACUGAAAACUAAAGAUCUGUAGUGCCAAUAUUAGCCAAUUCAUAAAAAAAAAAUUCACAAGUAUUUAUGUACUGGUAUGUUUAAACGAUUUUUUGUGGAGAUAUUAAUUAUACAGAAGUACUUAACUUUAUCGCAAACGUGACAAAAACAUAUGAAUAACUAGUUGCCGUAAAUAUUGCAUAUAAAAGUCGACUGAAUUUCUCAUUCAAACAUUUAUUUUUUUAUAAUAUUGACUGUAAAUAAUUGAUUGUCUCGAAUUUGCAGCUAAGAUUUCUAACAACGAAUUUCAGAUUUUUGUUAUACCAUUCAAUAAAAGAUGACAAUGUACGAAUUUCAUUGUCUAUCAUACUUUUAUAAUAUUAGACCUGAUAUUAACAUUUUGCAAUCAACAAAAUAAUUAGGUACAAAUUGUUUUCACAUUAGUUACGAAAAUAUGAUGAAGUGUAAGUUUGUUAUUAAUAUAUCUAUGUUUACUGUUUAAUAAGGUAUUGAACUCGUGGUAUCAAAAUACUCAGUUUCUUGAAAAAAGAAUACUUAAAUCUUUAGGUAUAUAUAUUGUACUGUGAAUUGAAGUAAAAAAAAUAUGCAAAUAAUUUGGGUGACAAUUAUGGUAAAAAGGAUUUUAAUGUGCAGGAUCCUUAAUCUAAGUGCUAAUAUUUAUGUAAAAGUACCAAAAGGUAAAAAUGAUUUAAAAUAUUUAUAUGAUAAAUAUCCCAAUUAUUGGCAAAAUAAUGAACGAUAAAAGUACAAAAAUGGUCGUAUUAUAUUUUAAAACUGCUCUGAAGAGAGUUAAAUUGAGUGAGAAAAAAAAUUGAAGUGAAUAAAUAGAUAGGUUUAUAACACAUAUAAAGUCCAUGACUUACUAAUAUAGAAGUCUAUUUCAACAAAAUUAGAAAACUACCUAUACAGGGUGGGCCACCAGUAACGCCUCGGUCGCUAGGG